AUGGUCAUGCAGAGCGUCCUUGCCGCGACGCCGCCGAGCGUGCUGCACACCUCCAUCGCGCACGUCUCCAAGCCCUCGGCGUCGGGCGCGCACACGUACACGCAGUACCUCGUGCGCGUGUCGGACGAGCGCUCGCCGGGCCUCAACUGGACGGUCUACCGGCGCUACUCGGAGUUCCGCAACUUUAAGCUCGCGCUCGAGGCCGCCAUCAAGGGCGGCGACAUGUGCGCGCACUGCGCCAUCAUGUCCAAGCGCACGUGCUUCGUGCUGUUCCCGCACCGCCGCCUCUUCGGCAACCUGCGCGAGAAGACGCUCGAGGCGCGCCGCGUCGGGCUCAACGCCUUCCUGGACGCCGUCGCCAAGCAUGCGCGCACGUGUCGAGAGAGCAUGACGUGCCAGACGCGCCCGCUCAUGGACAAGUUCCUCAUGGUCAACGACAUGCGCUACACGUACUUGAACGUCGACAUGAGCGAGGCGGGCGCCGACCGCAGCAGCAGGUCCUCGGUGGACGAGAAGCGCAUGCUCUUGGGCGGCGGGCUGGCGCACCGUUCCUCGUCAAUGGUGAGCCGCGCCGACCGCCUGAGCAGCUACUCGGACUACCGCGACGAGACCGUACGGAGCUGCUCGGAGGAGUGGAUUAGCGGGAGCAGCGAGCAGCGGGCAACUGAUUCAACGGCAGAUCAGCGCCAGCCUCAAGCGGAGGCGCCCGCCACAGCGGCGACGACGACAACGACAACGACGACUAAAGAGUCUACACCAGAGCAGGAGGAGAGCAACCAGCAGCCGGAAGCUCGUAGCACGAUGCCGAACUUGCUGGCCUACUCGAACGAACGGCGCACGCGCACGCACUCGUGGAACGACAACCCGCCAUCAAACACCGAUUGGGAGCGUUCGGCGUACAAGCAAGCGCCGAGCACGUCCACGUCGCGUCAUUCCGACCCUGGACUUGCCCGCAAUGAGCUGCUGAACUUCGCCCGCGGCAGCUUUUUGGGGGGCGGUCGCCCGCACCGCGCUGAGGGACGACCGCGCUCCCGCAAGGUGCACUUGUCAUCGGCCGCCAAGCGCGUGAAGAAGCUCGAGGAAGCGGAAGCGCGCUUCUCUGUGCAGCGGCAGGCUCGGAAGCCCAAGUGCUUGCCGAGACUUGCGACGAUCCCCGAGUAG